AUGACCCACCAGCAAAAUUGGGAAACCAUUUUCAUGGAUAAAAAAUUCGUCGACAACUACAAGACCGGUGAACAUAUUACUGGGGAGUUUGCCCAGUCGCUUCUUGACCAGAGUGGCAUUAAGGAAGCCAACGGCAACCCCAAAAAGUCUCUUGUGGUCCUAGACAAUGCCUGUGGAAGUGGUGUCGUCUCAAACAUUCUAAACCAAGUGCUAGAUCAUCAGGUAUUGGCAAACUGGAAGUUGAUAUGUGGCGAUAUAUCUCCGGGCAUGCUCGAAUAUACCAGGAAUCGGAUGGAAAAAGAAAAGUGGCAGAAUGCCGAGAUCAAGACCGUGGAUUCUCAGGAUACCAAGCUCCCCACUGAGUAUUUUACGCACGUCAUUACUGCAUUCGCGUAUAUGGCACUCCCGAAAGCUACUGCUGCCCUCGAUGACAACGUACGAAUCCUGCAACCCGGAGGAACCAUCGCCUUCUCGACAUGGAUAGAACCUGGCUGGGUUUCCAUUAUUCAAAAAGCAGUUGCAACUAUUUCAAGUGAUCUACCAUUCCCCAGCGUGGCAGAGUUUCUCAGCGUCUUGAGUAAUGGAGAAUGGAAUUCAGUUUCCUGGAUCGAGUCCCAGCUGAAACAGCGAGGCUUAGUGAAUGUCAUCGUGAAACAGGAGACCAAGGCUAUCGCGUUGAAGGUGCCUGAGUUUAUUGAGAUGACCAUGAUGAUGUUUCCUAUAGUGUCAAAAAAUUUCUGGACAGAACAGCAGCGAAAGGAAAAUACUGAGCUGGUUCGGCCCGCGCUGGCGAAAUACGUGGUGGAUCUCUAUGGCAAAGAGGGGGAGAUACCGAUGGAGUGGACUGCCAUCCUUUCAACAGCGACCAAGCCCAACUAG